ACGUAUACGCACGGACGUGGCAUAGCGUCAUGGUAUGGGCGUGUCUUAAUUUUGUCAACAUCCUUGUGACAUAACUAGUUUCUCCAAAAUGGCGACCACUGGCCAGAGGGGAGGUCAGGAGGACCCCGAGAGUGAGGAGGAGGUGUAUGAGGUGAUGGAUUUGACAGAGUAUGCCCGAAGACAUCAAUGGUGGAGCAGAGUAUUUGGAAACAACUCUGGCCCGAUUGCUGAAAAAUAUUCUGUUGCAACACAACUGAUGAUGGGAGGAGUGACAGGAUGGUGCACUGGGUACCUCUUCCAGAGAGUCGGUAAGAUCGCUGCAACUGCAGUUGGUGGUGGAUUCUUACUUUUGCAGAUUGCCAAUCACAGCGGCUAUGUUCAGGUUGACUGGAAGAAGGUGGAGAAGGAUGUAAAUAAAGCUAAGAAGCACCUAAAGAAGAAGGCCAACAAAGCAGCUCCAGAGAUAAACACGUUCAUUGAGGAGGUAAAGGCCACCGAUUUCAUCAAGAGAAACAUCGUCCUGUCCAGCGGGUUUGUUGGGGGUUUCUUCCUGGGUUUGGCCUCCUAAAGCUUCAUAAAGUCCAUCGUGCAGUAUCUUAUUCUUCUUCGUAUUUCCAUCUCAGUUCUAAUGGUCCGACUUUGCAGUGCAUUAUUCUCGAGUAUGUGCUGUGUGGCUGUAUACUGGUGAUGCUUGUUGCAUCUCAUGUUGUGCUGGGAGCCAAAUGUUAUUUUUUUUACUAUUAUUGUUGUGAACAAUUUGUUUUGCUGAAUGAUUGUUGCUGUUAUAGCUUUCCCCACUCGGAAAGGCUGUCGUAAGACUUUUCUUCAGUGCCAAAUCUCAUGACUUUUGUUGCAAAUCAUAAGUCAGCAGGGGGGUGAUGAGUGCCAUACGUGACUUUACCUGCUGUUGUUAUGGCCAUGAGGUCGAAAAUGUCACUAUGAUCUAUGUGAGUCUGCAGAGCUUUAAUUAAUCUGAAAAUUAAAACGUAAGGACCAACCUUUACUUACAAAUGUGAGUUAUGAUGCUUUUUUGACUUGACUUUGUCCUGUACAAUUGUGUUAAGUUAACUAUGUAAAUAUAACUGCAGUGAAAGCUGUAAAUAGGCAGCCACAUGAACAGAUAUAGAAGUCAUUUUGUGUUACAGUGAAGCAUCUAUGAACAUGAGGAAACAUUUUAAUUAUAGUACACUUGUGUGAGCAUGACUACUAAAUGUUGGAGCAUUGACAAAAACAUUGUCUUUUGCCAUUUAAAGCUGCAUCAUGUUGACGCACUGGAGUCCACUUUGUUUUUAUUUUAUUUUUUGUCAUUUAUCCUCAUGGUGCAUUAUGUUUACUUCUUUGACCAGAGUUUGAAUCUAACCAUUUUGUUUGUUGACAAAUAAAGUUUCAGAAGCAUUUUGGUCAGCUU